CUACCUUCCUAGGUGGCCCCCAUCCUUCAUGAGAGGGUUGUGCGAAUCCUUCUUCGCCCCACCCACCAAGCACUGCUCCGUAGUCUUGAGUAGCCACUCUCCAGCGACUUCGAGGGCCCUCUCUCAGCCCAGCGCCAUGCCGCAGUCAGAUCCGAUUCAGCCCCAACGAGGGGAGAGGCAGCCUUUGCUGUCAGACACCAAUGACGGGACGGGAGCGCCAGAUCCUGCGUAUGGACCAUCUGAGCCUCAACCGAGAGCACCGGUCAUGGAUGAUCAUCUGGCUUGGUUGGCCGGCAUUCCGUGGUACAGACGACCAGCUGCAGCUUGGUUGCUGCCCGUCGUGCUCAUCCUCGCCACUGCUGGUGGACUGUGCAUGGCACCAAAGCAAGAGAUUUUGACACAAUUGGUGUGCCACGAGCUCGGUCUGGAUGGCAGAGGUGACAUGAGUCCCUCGCCUAAUGUCCUGCAGCAUCUCUCGCUCGUGGAGCUUGUCAGUACGGCACCACUCAACAGCUCAGCUCACUGCAGAACAAUCCCAGCAGUGCAGUCGGGUCUCUCUGCUUUGCAGCUAAGGAUGGAUCUUGCGAUGGGCAUCGCAGCAGUCAUCACCACUGGCUUCUGGGGCUCGCUAUCAGACCGAUUUGGCAGAACUCUUGUCUUGCGCCUUGGCGUCCUUGGUUUUCUCGCCAGCGACCUCUGCUUCAUCUCGGUGGCACGAUUACCGUUGGAGCAAGUACCGCUGGGCAGCAACUUUUUGGUCGUCGGUGCAUUGGUGUUUGGAAUCUUUGGCGGCUUUGCGACGCUAGCUGCUGCUUGCCAGGCCUACAUUGCCGACACCACGCCGUCCGGCUCCAAGAGUCGCGCUCUGAGCGUGUUUGGUGGGCUGAUGUUCCUCGGCUUCGGCCUCGGCCCACUGCUGGGUGGCAACAUCAGCACGCACUCCAACAACCUCGUCCUGCCUUUCUACGUCGCUCUCGGCGCCCACGUCCUGUACGCUCUUCUCGCCUUUGCUGUGCUGCCAGAAAGUGUGAGCAAGGCGCGGAUGGAGCUUGCACAGAAGGAGUUCCGCAGACUUGUCGAACAAGCUGAUGCAGACGAAGGCCGUGCAGGCGCCCAUGAUCGAUACGUCGCGCAUCAGACGACACGAGCGUGCGGUCCGCUGGGAGGUGCGCGCCGCCGCCUGAACCGCGUCGUCGCAACGGCAAUUCCGAUCUUCUUGAUGCCAUUCCAGCCACUAGCACUUCUGGCGCCCAAGAUGCGCCUCGUCUUGGACGAGCCUCCGCGCACGGAAUGGACCCCACGCGAGUCUCGUCUUCAUCCGGAAGCCUCCGCGUCGCACAUUUCGGUCUCGAGGAUACGCCAAAGCAAAAGAGAUUGGAACCUCACCUUGCUCUCGGCGGGCUACUUCUUGGAGGCGAGCGUCAUCGGCAUUCUGAGCCCAAAGAUUUCGUAUGCGCAGUAUCGAUUUGAUUGGGCACCUGCCCAGCUCGGCGCAUACAUCAGCUUUGGAGCCAUUUGCCGCGUCGUUGCUCUCAUCGCCAUCAUUCCUUUGCUAAUCAAAUUGGUGCAUCGCCCCAAGCGCUCCAUCGCUCUGCCCCACGAUCACGUCAAUGCGGUCCAAGUGCUAGACGCUGAAGGCCGCAUUCUGGAUGUGCAAGAUGAGAGGGACAGUGACCGCGCCGUUGGUGAUGAUGCAGCAGCCGAAGAUCGCCACGCCGACCUGCCGGCCAACUUUGCAGAGGCUACGGGGAUGGGCACCGCAGAACCUCAGCUCGGUGCUCACGGCGCGGGCGCAACUGGAUCUGGCGCAUCCCACUCAGUGGAAGACCUUUGGCUUUUGCGUGCCAAGCACAUUCGCCUGCUGCACGACUCGCGCUUCGAUCGUCGGCUCGCGCUCUUCAGCAUCUGCUUGUAUCUUGCUGGGUACGUCGGAAUCGUCUUUACAGCUGGCCAAGGCCCAAUCCCAUUCCUCAUCAGUAACGCAGUCACCAGUCUUGGUGGCGCGGCUCCCGCUGCGAUGAGCUCUCUAGCGCUCGCACUGCUUGAGCGGGAGACGGAUUCCGGCAAACUCUUCGCAGCGUGGGCAGUGCUGAGUGCGAUUGCCACCACCGUCGUUGGUCCGACUGUCUUCAUCAGCGUAUACGAGAGGACGACCAAUACGUAUCCGGAAGCCAUGUUCGUAUUGGCCAUGGGCGUCUUCACCGUCGCUUUUGUAUUCGUGGCUCUUGUGCGACUCCGGAGAUCGCACUCCUUGCCCUCGCUGCCUGCCAGGCCUCACACCACAGCCUCUCGAGCAGCCGCUCUGGCCGCCAAGCGCAAGAGUGUCGAAAGUCUGAACGCGAACGCACAGGACGGCGCUCAGUAUGGCUCUACACGAAGCGCAAGCUCCAGCGAAGCAGGCAACACCUCUACCAGGAGCAAGUGGCGCAUGAGGCCUUUGAGUCCUUGGCAAGCUCGCAACGACGAUGCCGAGAGAUAGCGGCUGCUCUUGUGCGUGGCAUACUAUACACAUCGACUGCUACUAUACACACGAUUGCUACUCUACACAUCGACUGCUACUAUACACAUCGACUGCCCCUUUCGCUCCAUCAACUUGAUGACCGUCGAGCUGGAUUGCUGAUGGCCAGCAGCAAUGCCGAAGCGCUCCUCUGCUUAGCUUUCUCGUCAUACACUUAUCCGCACUCCGCAUCUCUGCCUGUACACCAUCUCGGAGCCCACCUCCCUAUGGGCUUUCUUGCUUCGUCUCGUAUCUAGCGGCCUCUUUCCCUUCAGGGAUUGUAGAUUGGACACCCACAAUCCGAUUGGCAAUCUGCCAGCGUCGAGCCAGCCUUGUCUCCAUAGCCAGA